AUGGCUACAAACACCAUGGUCAAGGAGCUCUCUGUCUAUGAUCUGGAGGGCGGCAUGGUCCCUGCAGAAGGGGUGGCCACUGACCUGUCCCAUCUCGAGUUUCCAUGCAGAGUCAAAGCCUAUUCCCUGCCUGCUCAGGCAAGACCGGUGAAAGACUUGCCGGCAGCCUGCUUGGAGGGCUGUUCACUGGUGCUUGUCACUGCAGGAGUUCCUCGGAAGCCCGGACAGAGCCGGAAGGACUUGCUUCAAGUGAACGCGGGAAUCGCAAAGCUAGUUGUGGAGGCAUGUGCAAAGCGAUGCCCAGAGGCGAUCGUGGGGCUCAUCGUGAACCCUGUAAAUUCUGUGGUGCCUGCCAUGGCGAGGCUCUACGAGAAGAAAGGCUUGGAUCCCAGGAGGAUCAUCGGCGUCACUACGCUGGAUGUGGUCCGAGCCAACAAGUUUGUCUUCGAAGCGACUGGCGCGCCGGUGGAUUCCAUAAACGUGCCUGUGAUUGGCGGACACGCCGGCAAGUCAGUCUUGCCGCUUUUCUCACAGGAGAAAGCCUGUGCUGAUCUCUCGCUGGAGCUCCGGAAGUCAUUGGAUGUCCGAGUUCAAGAUGCAGGAGCAGAAAUUGUGCGUGCGAAGUGUGGGAAGGGCAGCGCCACACUCUCACUAGGUUAUGCUGGGUACUUGCUGGGCAGUGCUGUGCUAAAUGGCUUGGCGGGAAAUCGCACCACGGAGUGCGCCUUCGUCAAGUCCAAUGUCACGGAGCUGCCGUACUUUGCGUCACCGGUCACUUUUGGGCCUCGGGGCGUUGACCGUGUGCACCAGCUGCCACGUCUGGACAACUACGAGAAGGACUGA